AUGCACUUCGCGCAGAUCGGCUCGCUGCUGGCGGCCUCGGUCGCCCUCAUGGGCAGCAGUGUGGAUGCUGCUACACCUGCUGCAUGGAAGACACGUACCAUCUAUCAGAUUGUCACCGAUCGCUUUGGUGUCGCCAACGGCGUCACGCCCUCUUCGUGCGGCGCAGGCACCAACGUCUACUGCGGAGGCACCUUCCAGGGCAUCAUCUCGAAGCUCGACUACAUCGCCAACAUGGGUUUUGAUGCCAUCUGGAUUUCGCCCGUCGUCACCAACGUCGACUCGCAGAACGCCUACCACGGCUAUUGGUCGCAGGACCUCUACUCGAUCAACUCGCACUUUGGAUCGACUUCGGACCUGCAGGCGCUCUCGUCGGCAUUGCACUCCCGCGGCAUGUACCUCAUGGUCGACGUCGUUGCCAACCACAUGGGUCAACAGGUCAACGGCAACUAUGCGAGCAACAACCCAAGCGCCUACAAGCCGUUCAACCAGCCGUCCCACUACCACCCCUUCUGCACCAUCAGCAACUACAACAACCAGACCAACGUCGAGCAGUGCUGGCUCGGCUCGUCGCAGUCGGACGGUCUUCCGGACCUCAACACCGAGAACCCCACCGUGUACAACGGCCUCUACUCGUGGGUCAAGAGUCUUGUUGGCAACUACUCGAUUGACGGCCUGCGUGUCGACACCGUCAAGCACGUCCGCAAGGACUUCUGGCCGGGCUUCAACUCGAAUGCCGGUGUCUACUGCACGGGUGAGGUGCUCUCGGGCGACCCGGCGUACGUCUCGCCAUACCAGGGCGUCAUGGAUGGCAUUCUCAACUACCCGAUCUUCUACCCGCUCACUCGUGCAUUCCAGAAGCCUGCACAGGGCUUCACCGAGAUGAAGAACAUGAUCAACACCAUCCGCUCGCAGUUCAAGGACCCGAUGCUGCUGACCAACUUCCUCGAGAACCAGGACCAGCCUCGUUUCCCCUCGCUCACAAGCGACCGGGCGCUUGCCAAGAACGCCAUCACCUACCUCCUCACCGGCGACGGUAUUCCGAUCAUCUACUACGGACAGGAGCAGAGCUUCAACGGCGGCAACGACCCGUACAACCGCGAGGCGCUGUGGACGAGCAACUACAACACCCAGUCCGAGAUGUACCAGCACAUCGCCAAGGUCAACAAGCUCAGGAAGGCCGUCAAGGGUCUGACGACCAACAACCCGAUCACGACGCCGCUGACGAGCGUGUACGAUGACAGCCAAGCCUGGGUCUUCCGCAAGGCCGGCAUGGUCGUGGCGCUUUCGUCGGCGGGAAGCUCGGGCGCUACCCAGAACCUCUACGUGCAGGCUAGCUCGCUGCCCUCGGGUCAGCUGCAGGAUGUCAUUUCGUGCAAGACCAUCACCGUCGGAACGAGCGGCACCGUCACCAUUCAGCUUACCGGCGGCCAGCCUGCUGUCUACUACCCAUCGAGCUCGCUUGGCGGCUCCGGCAUCUGCGGUCGCUAA